UUUUCUUUUCUAUUACUAUAGGAUGGAGGACGAGGCAGUACUGGAUAGAGGGGCUUCCUUCCUUAAACAUGUAUGUGAUGAAGAAGAAGUGGAAGGUCAUCACACUAUUUACAUUGGGGUCCACGUGCCGAAGAGCUAUAGGAGAAGGAGGCGUCACAGAAGAAGACCUGGGCACAAAGAAAAGAAGGAAAAGGAGAAAAUCUCUGAGAACUACUCCGACAAAUCAGACGUAGAAAAUGCUGAUGAGACAAGCAGCAGCAUCCUUAAACCGCUCAUCUCCCCCGCUGCCGAACGCAUCCGCUUCAUCCUCGGAGAGGAAGAUGACAGCCCGGCACCCCCGCAGCUCUUCACAGAGCUGGAUGAGCUUCUGGCCGUCGAUGGACAAGAGAUGGAAUGGAAGGAGACUGCAAGGUGGAUCAAGUUUGAGGAGAAGGUAGAACAAGGUGGGGAGCGAUGGAGCAAACCUCACGUGGCCACCUUGUCCCUGCACAGCUUGUUUGAGUUAAGGACGUGUAUCGAGAAAGGCUCGAUAAUGCUGGAUAUGGAGGCCUCUUCUCUGCCGCAGGUGGUGGAAAUGAUUGUUGACAAUCAGAUCGAGACGGGGCUUCUGAAAUCGGAACUGAAGGACAAAGUCACCUACACGCUGCUCAGGAAGCACCGGCACCAGACCAAGAAAUCCAACCUGCGCUCUCUGGCUGACAUUGGAAAGACCGUCUCCAGUGCAAGUAGGAUGUUUACCAACCCCGAUAAUGGCAGCCCAGCCAUGACUCACAGAAACCUGACUUCCACCAGUCUGAAUGACAUCUCCGACAAGCCUGAGAAAGAUCAGCUGAAGAAUAAAUUCAUGAAGAAAUUGCCCCGUGAUGCUGAGGCUUCCAACGUGCUGGUGGGAGAGGUAGAUUUCCUGGAGAGCCCUUUCAUUGCCUUCGUCCGGCUGCAGCAGGCAGUCAUGCUGGGUGCUCUGACUGAAGUCCCCGUACCUACCCGAUUUCUCUUCAUUCUACUGGGACCCAAGGGCAAAGCGAAGUCCUAUCAUGAGAUCGGCCGAGCCAUCGCCACUCUGAUGUCAGAUGAGGUAUUCCAUGACAUUGCCUAUAAAGCCAAGGACCGGCAGGACCUGAUCGCUGGCAUUGAUGAGUUUCUGGAUGAAGUCAUUGUGCUCCCCCCUGGGGAAUGGGAUCCAGCCAUUAGGAUAGAGCCCCCCAAGUCUCUUCCUUCUUCAGAUAAAAGGAAAAACAUGUACUCGGGUGGAGAAAACGUACAGAUGAAUGGAGACACACCUCACGAUGGAGGACACGGCGGCGGAGGCCACGGGGACUGUGAAGAACUGCAACGAACCGGCAGAUUCUGCGGUGGCUUAAUCAAAGACAUAAAGAGGAAAGCACCAUUCUUCGCCAGCGACUUCUACGACGCUUUAAAUAUUCAAGCCCUUUCAGCCAUUCUUUUCAUCUACCUGGCCACAGUGACCAACGCCAUCACUUUUGGAGGAUUGCUUGGUGAUGCUACAGAAAACAUGCAGGGCGUGUUGGAGAGCUUUCUGGGCACAGCAGUCACCGGCGCGAUAUUUUGCCUUUUUGCUGGUCAGCCACUCACAAUUUUGAGCAGCACAGGACCUGUCCUUGUCUUUGAACGGCUUCUCUUCAAUUUCAGCAAAGACAACGAUUUUGACUACCUGGAGUUUCGUCUCUGGAUCGGCCUUUGGUCAGCCUUCCAGUGUCUCAUUCUCGUCGCUACCGAUGCCAGCUUCCUAGUCAAGUACUUCACCCGCUUCACCGAGGAAGGUUUUUCCUCCCUUAUUAGCUUCAUCUUCAUUUACGAUGCUUUCAAGAAGAUGAUCAAGCUGGCAGACCAUUACCCGAUCAACUCCGAGUUCAAGGUGGACUAUAUCACACAUUACUCUUGUGCCUGUGAACCAUUAGAUCCAGUUAAUAGCUCGUUAUUUAACAGGACAGCGGUGCCGUCAGCUGAUGAGUUGUUCUAUUCCUCUACUGAGAUGUACAACACCACCGUUGACUGGUCAUCUCUGACAACGAAGGAGUGCUUGAAAUACGGAGGACAACUUGUGGGCAACAACUGCGAAUAUGUCCCUGACAUCACCCUCAUGUCUUUCAUCCUCUUUUUUGGCACUUACACCUGCUCCAUGGCCCUGAAGAAAUUCAAGACCAGUCGCUAUUUUCCAACCACUGCCCGGAAGCUCAUCAGUGACUUUGCCAUUAUCUUGUCCAUUUUGAUUUUCUGCGGAAUAGAUGCCCUGGUAGGCGUGGACACACCAAAACUACUUGUGCCAAGUGAAUUCAAGCCAACCAGUCCCGAGAGGGGUUGGUUUAUCCCACCUUUCGGAGGGAACCCGUGGUGGGUGUACCUGGCAGCAGCCAUCCCUGCGCUUCUGGUGACUAUCCUCAUCUUCAUGGACCAGCAAAUCACAGCCGUCAUCGUCAAUAGGAAGGAGCACAAGCUCAAGAAAGGUGCUGGAUAUCAUCUGGAUUUGUUCUGGGUGGCCAUUCUGAUGAUCGUAUGCUCCUUUAUGGGUCUGCCCUGGUAUGUUGCUGCUACCGUGAUCUCCAUUGCUCAUAUUGACAGCUUGAAGAUGGAGACAGAAACUUCAGCCCCUGGAGAACAGCCCAAGUUUUUGGGAGUGAGGGAGCAGAGAGUCACUGGAGUCAUCGUUUUCAUUCUGACCGGCGUGUCUGUCUUUAUGGCUCCCAUCCUGAAGUUCAUUCCCAUGCCCGUGCUCUACGGCGUCUUCCUCUACAUGGGCGUCGCGUCCCUCAACGGCGUGCAGUUCAUGGAUCGUCUGAAGCUGCUCUUGAUGCCUCUAAAACACCAGCCUGACUUUAUCUACCUGCGCCACGUCCCGCUGCGCCGGGUCCAUCUCUUCACCUUCCUGCAGGUGGUGUGCCUGGCCCUCCUCUGGAUCCUCAAGUCCACCGUGGCUGCUAUCAUAUUCCCUGUCAUGAUCCUGGCACUUGUAGCAGUCAGAAAAGCCAUGGACUACCUCUUCUCCCAGCAUGACUUAAGCUUCCUUGACGACGUCAUUCCAGAAAAGGACAAGAAAAAGAAAGAGGAUGAGAAGAAGAAGAAAAAGAAGAAGGGCAGUAUGGACAGUGACAAUGAUGAUUCUGACUGCCCCUACUCAGAAAAAGUCCCAAGUAUUAAAAUACCAAUGGACAUCAUGGAGCAGGAACCUUUCCUAAGUGAUAGCAAACCUGCUGACAGAGAAAAAUCACCAACAUUCCUUGAACGCCAUACGUCGUGCUGAUACAAUUCCUUUCCUUCAGUCACACACCAUGCCAAGCCCUCCACGAACUCCAGUAAAAGUUGUGCCUCAAAUUAGAAUAGAACUUGAGCCUGAAGACAAUGGUUAUUUCUGGAGGAGCAAGGGAACAGAAACUACUUUGUAAUUUGUCUGUCUGUUAAAUCUUUUAUGGAAUUUAUUUUGUCACUAGCCAAAUAUUAAAACGCUCUCUGCUCCCCACCUGCAUAGGUAAAUGAGACAUCCCGCGCUGCCCCUCCGCCCU